ACGACCCCUGACCUACACUGACCCUACCGACCCCUGACCUACACUGACCCUACCGGCCCCUGACCUGCACUGACCCUACCGACCCCUGACCCACACUGACCCCACCGACCCCUGACCUACACUAACCCUACCGGCUGAGUCCGUCUGUGCAGCUGGGUCAGGCUGCCCAGUGAGAGGAGAAAAGGACUAAUUCACUGCAUGGAGUUAAAUGUUUUGCAUUCGUUAUACCCAUUCAUUAUCAUUAACAUGGUUGCGGUUAAUUGUAGGUGGGAAGUGCCGUUAUUUUGUUUCUUUUCUUUUAUAUCCACCUUUAGAUCACUUGAAAGCUUCAUGUGUGAUCACGGGAAAAAAGUAAAAAUGAACAAAUAUGAAAUCAGCACAUAUUCAGUGUGUUACAUGGACAGCUGUGUCUCCAGCCAUUGAAACGAUAAGGAUCCCAGCAUCGUGUUCAGGCAGUCAGGCAGACAGGUGUAGCCAGGGAGACUGGUGUAGUCAGGGAGACGGGUGUAGUCAGGCAGGCUGGUGUAGUCAGGCAGGCUGGUGUAGUCACGCAGAUGGGUGUAGUCAGGGAGACGGGUGUAGUCACGCAGAUGGGUGUAGUCAGGCAGACGGGUGUAGUCAGGCAGGCUGGUGUAGUCAGGCAGACGGGUGUAGUCAGGCAGGCUGGUGUAGUCACGCAGAUGGGUGUAGUCAGGGAGACGGGUGUAGUCACGCAGAUGGGUGUAGUCAGGCAGACGGGUGUAGUCAGGCAGGCUGGUGUAGUCAGGCAGACGGGUGUAGUCAGGCAGGCUGGUGUAGUCACGCAGAUGGGUGUAGUCAGGGAGACGGGUGUAGUCACGCAGAUGGGUGUAGUCAGGCAGACGGGUGUAGCCAGGGAGACUGGUGUAGUCAGGCAGACGGGUGUAGUCAGGCAGGCUGGUGUAGUCACGCAGAUGGGUGUAGUCAGGGAGACGGGUGUAGUCAGGCAUACAGGUGUAGUCAGGCAGACGGGUGUCCCCAUGCUCUGUUCUGUGUUGCUGUGCACAUAGUACUUGUGUUGUUUUUGACUGAAGGAGAGAUUUGGCCCAGCUGUGCUUCUCUGUUUGGGCCGGAGAUGACGAGCACAAAACUCACUUCCAGCAGCCGCCACGCCCUCCCGCUUCUGCCCUUUACUGGAUGUGUAAAUCUGUACAUGUGGUGUGAAAGUGCUCUAUACAUGUGUUUUAUGAGAAAGAAACAGAAAAGUUUCUUUAUAAAUUAUUACAUUUGUGAACUGCUUAAUCCAUCUCUCGUACAUCAGCAGAUUUGUCCUGAUCUUAUCUUUUAAAAGAUUGAAAAAGAGACUGAAAGAGAAAGUGAGAGAGGAAGGGGAGAGAAAGGGGGAGGGGAACUGGUUUCAAUAAGCUAUUUUCAGUUGUGGUUGAAGCAAUAGAAUUUUUUGAGUUAUGAAUUGUGCAUGGCUGUGUCUUGAGUGUAAAACAAACAACAAAAAUACUGCAGUUUGGGAACUGGACUGAAAUAAAUAAGAUAAAUAUCCCGAACAAAACCUUUGCUUUAAACGAGCCUGCUUUUCAUGUCCAAUCAUUUUUACAUUUUGUAUUUUUUAGUCAAAACAUUCUGUUGGAAGUGAAUGAAUGUUAUGCUAUGCUUGGGCAUAAUUAAACUGUACACUAAAAAAUA